UCUCAUCCAAAGGCGAAUCUCAAAGCACUCCAAAUACGGAUCAAAUGACGCAUUAACCAACGGUCGCGAUUGGAUCUCCGUUAAGCCGUCAUACCGCUGAGAAACGGGUCCAUCUAAAUCGGAUGGAACCGAAGCGGAUCCGAGAAUGGGCGGAGCUAGUCUUCCCAUGGCUCCCGCCGGCCGUUCUCGCUGCCGCUGCCACCGCCUGCAAGCUCUUCAACACUAUAGCCGCUUCCAUCACCACUCGGCGAUCCGCCGAUGCAACGCGCGGCCUGGAGAGGUACCCCAUCCCCUUCUCUAAUCCCAUCGAUUCCCAGCCCUACUCCUACUUCCUCUACUCCCGUUCCGCCAUUCUCCGUUCCCCCUCCUCCCAGCCCUGGGGCGGAGCCGCCGGGGAGCCCUUAUCGGAUCCCUCCUCGUUUUCGGAUCUCGCCUCUGUCGCUAUAGGAUCCGGAUCCGGGUGCCAGUGCCGGGUCUGUGAUCCUGAGGGUUGCCCGUGUUGGAUAACGGAUUCGGAUUCGGGUGUGGGAAUGGGACUACUGAGGGAAUGCGGAUUCGGGUGCGGAUGCGGGUCGGAUUGUGGGAAUCGGGCGACCCAAUUAGGAGUUCGGAUUCGGGUGAAGGUGGUUAAAGAUGAAAAAAAGGGUUGGGGAUUGCAUGCGGAUCAGUUCGUUAUGAAAGGGAGCUUCAUCUGCGAGUACGCUGGGGAAUACUUAACAACAGAGGAAGCAAGAAAGAGGCAAAAAUCAUAUGAUGAAUUGGCAACAUCGAAGAUGAAGUUUUCGCCUGCUCUUAUUGUUGUAAGAGAACACCUUCCAUCAGGCAAAGCAUGCUUAAGAGUGAACAUCGAUGCAACCAAAGUCGGCAAUGUGGCUCGUUUCAUCAACCAUUCUUGUGAUGGAGGCAACUUGAUUUCUGCUCUUGUGAGGAACUCUGGUUCAAUGCUUCCAAGGCUCUGUUUUUUUGCUGCCAUUGAUUUGAUGCAAGAUCAAGAGCUUACUUUCAGUUAUGGUGAUGUUACUAGAGUUAAAGUUGAUGCUUUUCCAUGUUUUUGUGGAACUGAUGCUUGUUUUGGUGUUCUUCCUUCAGAAGAGACUUAGAUCAACUCUUUUUAUUUUAUUUUUAUUUUUAUUUUUUUUAAAAAAAUUAUUUAAUUUUGUAUUGCAUGUUAUCACAGGUUGAUUUUAUGAAGUAUUCCUUUAUUCCUUUA